AAACAGUAGGCCAGCCAUGCGCCAUUUGUUAAUUGCAUCAAAAAGACGGAGGAUGUGUCUCCCAUCUCCACAUGGAAGGACUUUAUAUGGAACAACUGGUGCUGGACAUGGCGGUCUCCGGUUUGCCCAGCUCAGAACCACCUCCAAAGAACUAGCCAGCCAGCCUUAUAAAUACAGCCGCCUGGGGUACACACGAACACGGGGCAAGCAGAGAGUACACAUACAGCAACGCUGCACGCACAGCCAUGUCGCGUCUAGCUCUUCUCCUGCUCUUCGCCUUGCCGUUCCUCGUCGUCGUCUCGGCCGUGAAGGCAAGCAGCAACGUCUCAAGGAGCCAGUUCCCCAAGGGCUUCCUCUUUGGCACAGCGUCCUCGGCCUACCAGUAUGAAGGAGCGGUGAGGGAAGGCGGCAGAGGGCCAAGCAUCUGGGACACCUACACUCACACUCACCCAGAGAAGAUAGCAGAUGGAAGCAAUGGAGACAUGGCAAUUGAUUCAUAUCACCGUUACCAGGAGGAUGUCAAAAUCAUGAAGGAUAUAGGUUUUAAUGCCUAUAGAUUUUCUAUUUCUUGGACAAGAAUUCUGCCUAACGGAAAACUGAGUGGAGGGGUCAACAUGGAAGGAAUCAAAUACUACAACAACUUCAUUAACAAGCUAAUUUCAGAAGGCAUUCAACCAUUCGUGACCCUUUUUCACUGGGACUCCCCACAAGCAUUAGAACAGCAGUAUGGUGGCUUUUUGAGCCAGCUUAUUGUAGAAGACUUCCGUGACUACGCCAACAUCUGCUUUAGGGAGUUUGGGGACAGAGUCAAGCACUGGAUAACAUUCAAUGAGCCUUGGAGUUUCAGUAUUAAUGGUUAUGCCAGUGGUAUAUUAGCACCUGGAAGAUGCUCUGCUUGGGAAAAUUCAGGAUGCAGCACGGGAGACUCUGGAAGGGAACCUUAUAUUGUAGCUCAUAACCAACUUCUAGCUCAUGCAGCAGCAGUUCAGGUGUACAAAGGCAAAUACCAGGAGAAGCAAAAAGGGAGCAUAGGAAUCACUCUAGUCAGCAAUUGGAUGAUUCCCUACACAAAUUCCAAGGGAGAUAAGGAUGCUGCCAAGCGCGCACUAGAAUUUAUGUAUGGCUGGUUCAUGGAUCCUCUAACUAAGGGAGAUUACCCACUCAGCAUGAGAACACUAGUUGGUAAUAGAUUACCAAGAUUCACAAAAGAACAGUCAAAAGCCAUACAUGGAUCAUUCGACUUCAUUGGCCUCAACUACUAUACAGCAAGAUAUGUUCAGAAUACCAAACACAGUAACAAUGGAAACAGAAGCUAUAAUACUGAUUCACGGACUAAUCAAUCAGGUAAUCAUGUAAUCAUGUUAUUUCUAUUCUACUAUUCAAAUUACUUGGGUGGACUAAGAGUUUUCAGGACCUGUAUUAUUGUAACAACAGUUGAAAGAAACGGGACAGUUAUUGGUCCAAAGGCUGGAUCUCCUUGGCUCUACAUCUAUCCAAAAGGAAUAGAAGAACUCCUGCUAUACACCAAGAAGAAAUACAACAAUCCUACAAUCUACAUCACAGAAAACGGUGUCGAUGAAAUUAACAAUGUAAACAUACCACUUCAAGAAGCCUUAGUCGACAAUACCAGAAUAGAAUUCUACCGGCAACACCUAUUCCAUAUUAAAAGAGCCCUCGAGGAAGGAACUAAUGUACGAGGGUACUUUGCAUGGUCACUAUUGGACAAUUUCGAGUGGAUGGAUGGUUAUACUGUGAGAUUUGGCAUUAAUUACAUCGACUACAGGGAUGGUUUGAAAAGAUAUCCAAAGAGUUCCAGCAAAUGGUUCCAGAAUUUCCUUCAUAAGUGAAAUUUUGUACUGCUCAAGUCAAAAGUACUAUGGAGCAACAUUACAAUUACAAAUGUAACAUCUAUAUUUUAUUGUACCCUCCAGCUUCCGGUUAAGUGUUGUACAAGUGAUUCUUAUAAAGCCAAGAUGAUCGGACUGCACUUUCCCUGA